AUGGUGAAAGUUCUCUUGACCGGCGGCAGCGGAUUUAUCGCAGCCCAUAUCAUCGACAUCCUGCUGCAGCGUGGAUACGAGACAGUAGUCACAGUUAGAUCCGAGGAUAAAGGACAAAAGAUUCUGAAUGCACAUCCCAACACCCCGAAGGAGAAACUUUCGUACGUUAUUGUAAAAGACGUUGCGGAAGAAGGCGCAUUCGAUGAAGCCGUCAAAUCUAACCCACCCUUCGACUAUGUCCUCCAUACUGCCUCUCCUUUCCAUUACAACGUGUCGGACCCGGUAAAGGACUUCCUGGACCCGGCCAUCAAGGGAACAACAGGUAUCUUGAAGGCAAUCAAAGUCUACGCUCCGACAGUAAAACGCGUCGUGGUCACGUCUUCUUUUGCUGCAAUUGUCAACGUCAAGCAACAUGCUAAGGUCUACAGCGAGGAGGUUUGGAACCCUGUGACCUGGGAGGAAGCUAUGGAUCCUGCUCAAACCUACAGAGCGAGUAAGACAUUCGCUGAGAAGGCUGCCUGGGAUUUUGUCGAAAAGGAAAAGCCCAACUUCGACAUAGCGACAAUUAACCCUCCUCUUGUUUUGGGGCCUGUCGUGCCUUACUUGAAUUCCCUAGAUGCCGUUAAUACUUCCAACAGUCGUAUUAGCAACAUGGUCCGGGGUAACAAUAAAGACGGACUACCCCCAACUGGCACGUUCCUUUGGGUAGAUGUCCAUGAUGUUGCACUGGCCCACGUAAGGGCAAUUGAAGUUUCAGAAGCAGGUGGACAACGGUUUUUUCUCGUUGCCGGCUUAUACACGAACAAGGACCUCGCAGAUAUAAUCCGUGAAACAUACCCUCAACUUGAGGACAAAUUGCCACCUAAGGAUUCACCAAGCGAUCUACCAGGCGAUGUCUACGGCUACAAUAACAAGAAAUCAAUUGAGGUAUUAGGCAUCCAAUACCGAUCAUUGAAGGACUCUGUGGCAGAUACUGUCAAAUCACUUUUGGAAGUUGCCAGACUAUCCCCCACAGCAAACCUGCUGCGGAAGUCUCGUCUGUUUGCACUUCCCCAAGCAUUGCAACCGCCUCAAGAUCCACCCACCUCUAAGGUCGUCUUCGAGUCCGACACUGCGACCCUUCCCCAUCCUAUCCGAGCGUCCAUCGUUACCCCGGGAUCAUCGCUAGCAAGAGGAGAUUGGGGCCUCAAGAGACCGUUGCCGGCAAAAUCUACCUCUGCUAAAUCAUCUAGACCGAUCGUAAGGGUGAAGGCUCUCGACACAUUUGAACAUGUCACCGACUUUGAGUCCGCGGCCGAUCACACGGUCACUCUUGAGAAAUUCCAGGAGCUCCAUAUGCCUCUUUCUCUACCUUCGAAGGUCAACUAUGCAACCAGUAUUGUUCCCAGGCACCAAAGCCCCUUCGAGUCGCAUGUCGACAACACAGACACUAGUAAAGGACUCGGAGAGACCGGUGCCAAACAAUUUAGGCACGCUGGGCCUUGGCUGGCUGGACAGACGGAAGCUGAAUUCAACGCCUACCUGAAAAAAGUACGGAAUAAUAAGCCAGAGCUUUUGCAAAGGCUCCGCGAACGCUUCCUUGAAAAGCGGAGUACCGAGCGAAGAAAGCAAGCUCAGGAUAACGGAGAGGAUCUGGAGACCCUUGGGCCUAUACAGGUUACAGAAGAGGAAUUCCAGACCUAUCUCAAGUCAUUACGUACAGAUCCAUUCUCCCUUGGUCCCGUGGUAUUUGAGUUGUUGGACCUCCCGUCUCCCCCGGCCGUACCAAGUGACCGCAUUGGACACAAAUACUACCAGUCACCCGGCACCAAGCUGUCUUCGGCUGAAUAUGCUGUAUCCGGCCCUCCGAAGACACAUCCCUCCGCUGGUCUGUCAUACACAAGGUCGCAUGCUUUGAUCUAUAAUCACCCCAAAUUUGGCCCUCAGGCGUAUCAGCGUCCAGUGGAGGCUCGUAUCUUGCGACCAAAGGGAAGGUUCAAGGGCAAGACCUCCAAGGCUAUUGCUGGUGUUGGUGGUAUCGCCGUGGAGGACUUGAACGCCAUGACCUUCGCCGAACAGGGCUCUCCUCCAGGCCUGGCCUAUUUUGACGCAUCUAUCCCCGGUGGUGCCAAGUACUGGGUUACUCCUAUCCGGGCUUCGGUUGACUCGGAGGGUAGAAUUGGCUUGGCAUCAUACAGGGCAAGCGCCACUGCUAAAGCUCCUUACAACAUUGAGGAUUACAAGAAACCGUCCAUGACAACAAUUUCCGAUGUUGCUCGUGGCGACCAGCGUUUCGUCCCGAGAAUGGAUAGGCAUAAACCACGUUUCCGACCUUCAUUUUCGGGAGAACCGCAACCACAGUCUUCCACCGAGGAUGUCGCUAAAAGCCUUAUGAAGACUCUUAGCUCAUGA